AUGCCAGUGACGGAGGUGAUCUGCAGCCUGAUUGGCUGGCUGUGUCUCUAUUUUGUGUUCUGCUGUACCUUCACCCAGCGGGGGCCCGAGUGGAACUGUCGGCUGGUCACGUUGUGCCACGGGGUCGUCAUAGUGUUGCUGACGGCGUAUGUGGUCUUCGUAGACGGACCCUGGCCCCUCACACAUGCAGGUACAGAGAACACCGAGCUCCAGGUCUUGGCCCUGGCCAUCUGCCUCGGCUACUUCUUCUUUGACAUGGGCUGGUGUGUGUGUUACCGUACAGAGGGCCUCAUCAUGCUGGCCCACCAUGUUGCAAGCAUCUUGGGCAUCCUGCUGGCGCUGCUCAUGGGAGUGUCAGGCUGCGAGACCUGUGGAGUUGUCUUUGGCAGCGAGCUCACCAAUCCCCUGCUGCAGACCCGCUGGUUCCUCCGCCAGCUGGGCCUGUACGACAGCCUGCUGGGCGACGCCGUGGACCUGCUUUUUAUUUUGCUGUUCGCCACCGUGCGCGUGGGAGUCGGCACGGUGAUGUUUUACUGCGAGCUCACUUCUCCCAGGACCUCGCUGAUAAUGAAGCUCGGCGGCGUGGUCAUGUACGGACUGGCCUGGGUGUUCAUGGUGGACAUAGCCAGGUUCGGCUACAAGAAAAGCAGAGCCAAGUAUAAAAGGUGGAUAGAGAAUCACAAACUCAAAGAAAUCAACGCACAAAAACUGGAUGGACAUUCAGAGAAGAGUGACUGA